CAAAAAUGAGCCACUACUGCUAUUGCUGAAAUACGACGAUGUCAGAGGUCGCUUAUCUUUAUUUUCUUUCUGGCCAGUAGCGAAUUCAAACCAGAUACCUGUUUUUUGAUAUGUCAGUCUCGCCUCCUUUUUCUUUGCCUUUACUGCCCUGGCUUGCCGGCGGUUGUUUUCGCUUCGCCCUGGUAGUAAGUUAGUUGUUUUCAUCGACAUCGCAUCGGGUUGUAUAUUUCGCCCCGUUGCCGUUUCUGCCCGGGCAAUCGAAAAUAAAUGGGUGGCUUUACCAGACUGCUGUUGCAGUGGCAGGCACCGGUGGGUGCGGCAGUUUUCUAUCUUCUAUUUGUUCUUCUUGGUACGUUUCUGAGUCGCAGAUACCGGCCGUUGGAGGGGUAUGAAAGCGUCAGGAUUGAAAUCGUCAGAGUUGAAAUAAUUUCUCAUGCAUAGAUUGCAAGGCAUGAAGUGCCUCUCUUGCAGGGAUGGCAAAUGAGGCCGACUGUCAGCCUGUUUGGGGUCUGCGAUGCAGCUACUAAAGUAGCAUGACAAAGGACGCCUUCUGUCCCUAAACAGCAUGAAAAACUGGAUUUAGACGGUGCCGAAAUUUGUCAUGCGCCGCUCGGCAAUUGGGCUUCCGACUGGUAUCGAUUUUAAUUUUAUGCAUUACAAGUUAUUUCAACUUUGUCGAUUUCAAUCCUGACACUCCCAUAAGGGGGGAACAUGCUGGCGCCCCUGGUUUUUCAACUCCGACCUAAAGCGGAUCGGCAUCGUGCACGACCUGAUUCUCGUUCUGGCGUCUGCUGCCAUGUUUUGUGGCUGUCUGUACUCGCUGAGCGUGCAAGUAGCUUACAAGAACAACAACACUAUCAAUGGGAUCGUUGCGAGCAACGGCUUCGUGCCUUCGUUUUUAUUUUGCGAGCAGGACCUGCCAGAUGAGGAGUAUGUCGCCAAGGUGGGUGAAUUUUUCGCCCCGGCGCCGAGCACCGCCGUUAUUUUUGAUCGGAGUUCUUCGAGCGGUGUUUGGGCUACAACCUCCUCGAAUGCGGCAGAAGAAGAAACGACAGCACGCGAUCACACAGCAGCAACGGGUCCGCCGGUCCUCUCCUGGGCCGCGAGAAUGCGAGACCCCUACUUCUGGAGUUUUCUUUUUUAUGUGAGCAAAUACUACGAGCACCUGGACACGUUUCUGCUGCUCGCCCGGGGGCGACCUCCUCCGAACUUUUUUCUAUCAGAUGCGAAUAUGUUUAUAAUGUGUGUGUCGGGAAAUUUGUGAUGCUGAGCUGUGGAUGCUGAAAACGCUCUCCAAUCCAGCCAAGCGUGACAAAGUUGCAGAGCAGCGCUGUCUUAGUAUUUCAGUUCGCAUGAGAAGCUGCGUUUUGGUUUUCUUUUUGUACUUAUGUACAAAAGAGGGCACGAUUUUUGUUGGUCAGGGGGCAGAGAUUGCACAGGAAUGUUAAAUGUAAGACAAGCAAUACAAGUUCCAACUUUCCAGACCCAGACAUAUUUGCAGUGGAUAUUGCCUCCACGUGUACCAUCACGCCUGUGCGGUGGUGAUGGCUUGGGCCUGGGUGCGUUACAAGAUGUAUCGUUUGUGAACAUUUCCCCACCCCAAAGUCGAGGUUCGCAUUGAUUUUGCGAGCACAAAUCCAGAGGUUGUGGGAGUCACGACGCGUAACAAAAUUGGAUUUGUAGCAUAGUCGUGCCUACUAGCUACCCCAGCUGCAUCUUCACAGAGCCAGCGUCUUAUUCUGAUUAGAGCAUCAGAUAUUUAUUUUGCCAAAGAGGUGAGCCGCCUGGGAAACAAACAUUUUGAGCAUGCAGCUUUGCAGGACAGGUCAGGCUCAGGGGUGGGGGCCUCUUUUUUACGCGGGAUAGGACGUCCCUACAGUUUAUCGGGCUACUUUUCAACACCGGCGUGCACGUGGUAAUGUACUUCUACUACCUUCAGCGGAAGACCACUGGGAAGACGCCAAGCUGGAAGCGCUGGGUGACGCGACUCCAGGUUGUCCAGUUCCUCAGUUCCGUUAUCUAUGGGGUUCUGAAGCGUUACGUUAUCAACUGGUGCAUGAGUUAUUUGUCACGCAACAAGAAAAGGAAAAGCAAAAGCGUCAGGGGGGAGGAGUGCAGCUUGCCCCUCUCGCAUUACAAAUGCGGCACAGAUUCUUGCCAUGCUGCUUAGCCCUGCGAUAAUUUCUUGUCAUGAGCAGUCGCUUGAUCGUGUGGAUGAAGUGUAAUAUGGCAUUUUUGCGUGGCUGCAAAUCGUGCAACGUCUGACAAUGUAACGUCUGAGAACUCCAUGUCGGUGGCUGCGUUCGUGAUUACCGUUUUUGUCUAUAUCUAUCCGAUCACGGAUUUUUUCCUGGACGGAGUGGCAUCGGGAACGAUGUCGGCGGGCUCCUCACGCUGCGCCGGAUGGCCCACCGUCUUACUGGGGAACAUCGCAUUCAAUUUAUUUCUCUUGAAAGAUUUCUGUGCGAUCGCGCAGAAGAAUAUCCCACAAGAAAACAACAUUACCAUCCUACUUUUUGUACAUUUUUGUUAUUAUUGUGCAAAAAUUUAUGUUCAUGCGUAAAAAGAACUUUGCACCUGAUUUACCCAACGGCCGUGUUUCCGCAACGCAAAGAGCAUUUUUACCAUCUUUAGGCAAACUGCUGCAGCAGCAAAACUUGUAACAAUGUAGCUGUGGUGGUGUUUUUUGUUGCAUAAAAAACAGCAGAACUAGUCCUUUCCCCGGAGCGGUGCAGUCCGUUCGACGAUCGGUCGUGGAAGCACAAAAAGGGCUAGCGACGGCCGAUCAUGCCAGCGAAAUACACGAGAAGCGUGAGUAGAUCGAUGGUGGUCGGUUCCAUUCCGCAAACGAGAAAAUAAGGGAAAACACGAGUCAGAUAAGGGCAUAAAAAUGCAAUGAUCGCGUUCCUCGUGUUCACCUCGUCGCACCUUAUUCUUGGCGACGAUUCACUCACGCUCACCCCUCGCACACAGCAGUUUGACUUGUCUCCAGAAGUCAAAGAUAUUUGUUAGAAGAAGAAAAAGAAUUCUAGAAUUCCAUGUUUGUCGUGCGCAAAUUUGAAACUGAGAAUAAAUGUGAUUGCCGUGAGUAAGUAUGAGAGGGCUGUA